CUAUACUAUAUCUGUAUUUAUGGUCCCAGAUGGGGUGCUAGCCGAGAUCAGAAAAGCCAUCUCAAUUUUUUGGUGGGGACAACAGAAAGAGGAAAGAAGAAUUUCCUGGAGGGCAUGGAAAAAGCUUUGCAAGCCUAAGGAGGAAGGGGGUAUGGGGGUUAGAGACCUCAAGUUUUUCAACACAGCGAUACUAGGCAAACAACUAUGAAAUCUAAUGACAAAACCAGAUUCCUUAGUCGCUAGGGUUUUAAAAGCAAAAUACUAUCCCAACAGGGAGGUAUUACAGGCGACGCUGGGACACAACCCUAGUUAUACGUGGAGGAGUCUUAUUUCUGCUCAACAAUUGGUGAGAGAGGGGGUAAGGUGGAGGAUUGGAAAUGGCAAGAAGGUGAGCAUAUGGAGGGAACGAUGGAUUCCGAAAGGACAGGAGGAUGAUUAUAGGGUGACAACACCACCUGGGGAAGAUACUACAAUCUCUAGGGUGGCAGACUUGAUUGACAAUAAUGAUAGAAGUUGGAGAAGCAACCUGCUUCAACUACACUUCAACCCUGUGGAUAGAGCCAGGAUUGCGAGUAUACCACUCUCAUGUAGAGGAAUGGCAGAUGAACAGUUGUGGGCUUAUGAGAAGAAUGGUUGUUAUUCAGUUAAAUCGGCCUACCACUUCUGGUAUAAUCGUUCUAACAAACAUAAGGGGAGCUCGUCUCUGGAGCAAGGUGUGGAUGACAGAGAGAACCAUCUGGAAGAGAUUGAAAGCUAUGACCCGAUGAACUGGAAAAGACUAUGGUAAUUGAAGAUCCCCCAAAAGGGAAGAUCAUUCAAUGGAGAGUUACCCAUAACAUUCUACCUACGGGUAAGAACAUAGCGGACAGAAAGGAGAAUGCAACUUCGGUGUGCCCAUUCUGUGAUUUAGAAGAGACACAAAGGCAUAUAUUUCGGAAAUGCCAAUGGGCAUCAAGGAUCUGGAGACUCACUAUGUUACGACCCCUUUUCGAAAUGGGGGAAAACCUAUCCUGUGGAUCAUGGCUAUGCGAGAUGAUGGAGAAGGUGAACAAUGAACUGGUGGAACAAAUGGGACUGAUUUUGUGGUAUCUAUGUAAUGAAUGCAACAAUCAGAUGUUCAACAACAAAAAGCUUGAGGAAUGGGAGGUGGUUGGAAAUUCCCUAAAUCAUUGGGAUGAAUUCAAAUCCUACUAUACCAAAGAAAUGCAAGAGGAAGAGAAGCAGAUCGGUAAACUUAUCUGGACAAAGCCGCCGCUGGGCUGGGACAAAAUCAACGUGGAUGCUGCUACUUUUGCGGGAAGAGGCAGUGGCUUCAUAGUGGUAGUAAGGAAUGAUGCUGGUCAUUUCCAGGCAGCUGCAAUUCGGAGGGAGAGGACUCAAUGGCCGCUAGAGAUCGCUGAGUUGCGUGCAAUGCAAUUUGGGUCGACAUUGGCAGAGAGGCUUGGGCUGGCGCCGGCGAUCGUCGAAUCGGAUUGUCAGACGACGAUCCUCAAAAUGAUAGGGAAGGAGACGACGAAGUUGGAGGCUGGAGUGGUGGUGGGUGAAAUGAAGGAGAAGGCGGUAGCAAUUGGGCCAAUUAGGUGGGCCUUUGCAAAAAGAGAAUGUAACAGGCCGACUUAUACUUUAGCCCACCUAAACUGUAACUGGGACUCUCAAGAGAAAUGGGUUGGAAGGCCACCUGUUUUCCUCAUCCCUGAUUUAGAACAUGAUGCUCUAAGAACUUAAAGAAAAUAUCCAGAUAUUCCAAAAAAAAAAAAAAAAAUCUCAUCUUCGGUCUCCUCUCAUUCUCAAUAUUGUUACGUGCAUACAUGGUGACCCACUUGGAGUUUCCUCCGUGCAUGGCCUGUACUGAAAUGUUUGGCGAAAAAAAUAUUAGAAAUAAUUUUCAAUAUAACAGGGCAUUUAAAAUGACAGAAAAUUAUUUUAAUAUAGAAUGUGAAUAAAUAUUCAAAAAAUUAAAAGGUCAAUAUAAAUGUUAUUAGAUUCUUUUAUAUUAAAUAAUAUUGUUCUAAAAAAUGAUAAUCUUGUAUUUUUAGAACAGUUUUAAACAGAAGUUCUAAUUUGAAACUUCUGAUUUUUACGUUGUAAAAAUACUUUUCGCCUCUUAAAAUAGCCAAGCUGAUAGAGAAGUUUGGCCCGACUUAAACUUUUGCAGAAAAAAUAUUUCUAAAAUCCCGGCCAAACAUUUACAUAAAUAAAUCAAACUUUCUCGUAUUAUAUGAUAGUAUGAUACAUAAGGUUUUAAUUCCAAAUAAAUAUUAUUUUGGUUUCUCCAUAUGUACAAAAUCAAGAAAUGAAAAAUUUUCUAUUUUGCACAUUCUCAAAGCCAAAAGCAAAAUGCAUUAUUAAAAGAACAUUGCAGAAACUAAAGAAAGAUUUUUUUUUACUAAAUCAAUAUACAUUAUCUGUUUAUACCAAGGUUCUAAAAGGCGCUAGGCGUAAGGCAGGAGCUCGGCUCCUAACUUGCGCCUUGCCCGAUUAGGCGUAGCCUAGGCACGCCUAGGCGUUCAGAGCAUAAAUGGAAAAAUUCUCCAAUAUUUCAUGUUUUCUCGAAUAAUUCAUAUAAUCCAAGUGCAUAUAAAAUUAGCAAUGCCUAGUUCUUAACAGUAAACACUUAACAUAACAAAUAACAAGCAAAUAGUGACCAAUCAUCUGCUAAUAGGUGCUUAUAGAGGCAAGAAGCUUGUGCUACGUACCGAGGAGAAGGAAGGAGCAGCAAUUGACGAGUUUCGACUUUAUUUCCCACUAUAGCAGCGGAGCGGUGUGAAGGCGAGAAGAGUGAUAGAUGACUUUCUCCUGCGACGGCAGAGAGCAACAAAUGGGUCGAGAGCUAGGGCGGCAGGCGGUAGCAGAUGGGGCGAGAGCUAGGGCGGCAGGCGGCAGCAGAUGAUGUUACUUCCCGUGUUUCUGAUUUUCUAGGUCAAGAGGCAAGUUUCUGAUUUUCUAGAACCAAAAGAAGAGUAUUGGGUUUAACCGCCUAAGCUCGCCCAGGAACGCCCAGGCACUCCUUCUCUCCACUAGGUGCAAACUAAGCGCUAUUCCUACCUACUAAGCGCUACCAACGCCUUUUACAACGCCUAUGGCCAAGUCAAGGCGAUCCUCCACCGCCUAGCGCGUAAUUGAGCCUAGGCGUGCGCCUAGGCGCGCCUUCUUGAACCCUGGUUUAUACAUUGGAGAGUCUAGAUUCGAGCAAAAGGUUAGGGAUGUAACCAUCGUAUCAACUUUGAGCUUUCUAUUGAAAUGAGUAAGCAAGGUUUGCAUAUUAGUAUCCUCUAUAUGACAACACAGUAUUUGCAGCCAAAUUUUAUUGAUCAAGCAAAGACUAAAAUGAAAACAGGACAAUAAGAGACAUAAUAGAUACAAUUACAACCAUAACACAUUAGAUAAGGGAAAUAAGACAUCUAGAGCUAUGUAAUGUAUGAUUAGCAUUAUUGAUCAUCAACACUCAAAGCCAAUGGCAUGCCAAAAUAUUUCUAUCGACCUCUAGUUCUGAGAUGCUCAAAUGUGAACUGACACACACAUGCUUAAAAUCCAAUAGCCUCUUCGAGACACAAAAUUGACACUAUGCGCUCAACAACAUUCAAAACCAAUGCUCCGUUAAAGAGUAUUUCUAUAAGACUUUUGAUAAUAUCUACUGACAUAGUACCUUUCUCAACGUUUUGAAAUGUCAACUCUAAACAAAAUAAGGUGUCAUAUAAGCAUAAUAAGGAAUUUCGAAGUAC